AUGGCGAACCCAAAUUACUAUUGCUACGGCUUCCUCAUUAUGAUUUCUCCGGUUGUGUUGUUAAUUGCUCCGAUUGGUGCUGGAGAUGAUGAUGGAGGGUCACUCCUGGGAGGGAAGAAGUUGAUCAUUGGACUUCCUUAUGAACCAGGCCACACCCAGUUUGUGAAUGUUGUGCAAAUCGAUCCUACUAAUAACAAUCAGGUCAUCCAUGUAAGGGGCUAUUCUAUUGACGUCUUCAAUGAUGCAAUAGCGUACCUGCGUCUACAUCACAAUGUUUCUUUCGAGUUUAGAGCUUUCGCAGACCCCAGUGGAGGAAGCAGUGCUGGGUAUUAUGACGCCUUCGUCUCCCAACUUUCUGAAAAGAUGCUUGUGAAAAUCCAUGAUCCACGGUUGAAUAUGUGGAGUUUUGUACGACCGUUUAGUUGGAAUCUUUGGUUGUCUAUCGCUAUGUUCUCUGCUUUUAUAGGAGCUAUCAUACUAUUCAUGGAACGUAAUGUCAGAAAAGAUUCAACACUUGAAAAUUCAUCAUGGAGGAAACGAUGCAUUACAGGGGGUUCUGUCCUGUGGCUUCCUGCUGUGCAAGCAGUUUUUCCAAAAAGAGAAUCAUUGACCAAAACUUCUUCUAGGUUUGUGCUGAUGAUGUGGUUGAUACUGGUAUUUGUGCUCAUGCAAAGCUACACAGCAUGCUUAUCAUCGAUCUUAAUAGUGCAUGAGUUACAACCUCAGUACCUUAGUGAGAACGAUGUUAUAAAGGAUAGCAACAUUAAUGUUGGAUACAAAAGUGGCUCAUUUGUGGGAGACUUGUUGGUCAAUAAAUUGACAAUGGGUGAUGAGUCAAGGGUGAAGAAUUACUAUGGCAUUGAAGAAUAUAAGGAGGCUUUAGACAAAGGAAGCCAUAAUGAUGGAGUCGAUGCUAUUUUUGAUGAGUCUCCCUACUUUAAGACCUUCCUCCACCGGUAUGGCUCCAAGAAUUAUGCCGUGGUUGGAACUAGUCUCCAUUAUGGUGGAUUUGGUUUUGCAUUUCGUAAGGGCUCCAACUUAACCGCAUACUUUUCUGAAGCCAUAUUAAAUAUCACCGAGAGUAAUGUAAUAAUGAAAAGGAUUGAGGAGACAUAUUUUGGAGACAGCGAUGAUGAUGAUGGAAAAGAAGACCUAUAUAAUUCACCCUCACAUGACGUUAGUCCCAGUCUUACUGCUUACAGCUUUGCAGGUUUGUUCGUGGUGAUUGGGAUUCUUUCACUGUUGGCUUUGCUAGUCUCUGAAAUGCUCGCAAAGGUUGAUAGCCAACGAUUACUGAGUCCGAGUUCUGCAAGAUUAAGUCCAUUAGAGGAAGGUUCUGAAACAAGAAAUAAUGUUGACGAAGAAUGUUCUGCAGACACACAAAAUAUCGGAUCAGAAAAUGGAGGAGAUAAUAAAACAUUGCCUGUGUAA